AUGGCAAAGGAGGAAGAUCCUAAGCUGACCUCCCAUGGACGCACCAAAACCACAACUACAUAUAGCACUGCUGUCUCUGAGUAUGCCAUGAAGACUAGCAGAACAGGUCUUCCACAACUAAAGGUUUUAAUAGAGACAGUGGACCUGAAUUUUGGGAAUGCAUUUGCUUUCAACACAAUCAUUGACUCCUCAAACUUGUGCCGAAACAAGAACCCUUACCCUUCUGUGAAAGCCGUGAAGCAGAUGUUGCCCCUCCUAUCCCACCUCCUGCAGCACCAAGACAGCGAGGUUCUCUUGGACACCUGCUGGGCCCUGUCCUACCUCACUGAUGGCUCCAACAAGCACAUCGGCCAAGUGGUCAACACAGGGGUCCUGCCCAGGCUGGUCCAGCUCAUGAGCAGCUCGGAGCUCAAUGUCUUGACCCCCUCCCUCCGCACCGUGGGGAACAUCGUCACGGGAACGGAUCACCAGACCCAGGUGGCCAUCGGCGCAGGCAUGCUGCACGUGUUGCCCCAGCUCCUGAUGCACCCCGAGUCCUCCAUCCAGAAGGAAGCAGCUUGGGCCUUGAGCAACGUGGCUGCCGGGCCUCGCCAGCACAUCCAGCGGCUGAUAGCUUGCGGCAUGCUGCCUCCUUUGGUGGCUCUGCUGAAAAACGGAGAAUUUAAAGUCCAGAAAGAGGCCGUUUGGACCGUGGCUAACUUCACAACUGGAGGCACCAUAGACCAGGCGAUCCAGCUUGUCCACCCUGGCGUCCUGGAGCCACUGGUGAAUCUGCUUACCAUCCAAGACACCAAAAUUGUUAUCAUCAUCCUUGAUGCUAUCUCUUUUAUCCUCCAGGCAGCAGAGAAGCUCUCAGAGAAGGAAAACCUGUGUCUUCUGAUAGAGGAAAUGGGUGGCAUUGAUAAAAUUGAGGCUUUGCAACUUCAUGAGAACCCUCAGGUUGCCCUGACUGCUUUGAACAUUAUCGAGCACCAUUUUUCUGAGGGAGAAGAAAGUGGCACAGUAUUACCAGCCCUGGACCAAGAUCAUGAAUUCUUAAAGCGCUUAACAAAGCAAUACCAAGGCCCCACGACUCCUAAACCAAGGAGCAAACCCUAA